ACAAGAACCGCUUCUCAUUGUGCAGCGUCACAAUCAAGAUCACCAGCUGCAGCUGCAGCUGCACCAACAGCAGCAGCAAUACAUGUACGAGUUGCAUGACAGACUCGCGAAACUUCGUAUCGAUCCCCUAAUACCGGUCGGCUCGAGCAAUCAAGGUUAUCACAAUAACGUGUUUCUAAUGACGUAUUCGGAGGAGAAUGAGAACGACAAUAAUUAUAAUGAGCAUCAUCGGCUACCGCCGCCCUUCCCGUUCCGAUACGAAAGCCCGGCGUGCUCCCGUUCUCUGAGUAUCACAGACGUAACUUACAGCCCAGGCAAUAAUAACGCGAUCGUUAGCAAUUACGACGAGCACGAUUACGAUGACAUGGAGGACGAGAAUCCGAGGAAAGGCCUCCUGAAGCAGAUAUUUUGCCUUCCACUGCAUUGAGCCGGGGAGAAUCGAGCUUGCCUUUUUCCCAAGUGAGAUCACACCCCGACUCGAUCGCUUGCGAUACACAUUUUUGUAGAAACGACUCGAGAGACCUGCCGAUACCGUCGGACCGUGUGUGUGUAUGAACGUCCUCGAGUCACGUAUAGUCGGAAGAGGAAAAAUAAAGAACGAAGUAUUUAAUUCAGCGUAUACGUCGUUAAGUUGACCGUUUCUCUUUUACACAUGGUGCUGCAAAUAAACAUAAAUUAAUAUGGGUAACGUUACAGCGUCCCCGCGGCUCUGAGCCGCAGCGAAAACGAGCUGAAAGAUGAAGACGUACCUGACUGCUUCGCCAAUGUUUUACGAAUGUAGCUAAAUAUGUAAAUACACAAUUCCACAGCUGCGUUGUGGAGUAAAUGAUAUUUCGGAAUACGUUCCUUCAAGUGAAAAACCACGUUUCCAUGGAAAAUUAUUUUUACUGCUUCUUCGCUGUCCCAAGUGUGUGAUAAUUUCUCGAUAACAAAAGGAAAUGCUUUUGGAGUUUACAAUUCGCUUCUAUUAUUAUGUGCUAGACCUUCGAUCUAAAAAGUGACCAAUAAAAAGUGAUCGGCUGGUCGACUUAAUUCAUGAUUAGGAAUAUCUGUAUAAAAACAAUGUCUCGUUUCUAAUUACUGCUCGCUAAUGUUUUACGCGAGAUCCAGCGAAAACGAAUAAAACCAACUCGACGAAAAGAGGAGAGGAUAUGCGUCUGUAUCUAGUAUCGAUUCUUCCACAAUGUGACUAAUCUAAAACUUGUAAUAUUGUAUUUGGAACGGCGAUUCUAAUAUAGUUAGGAUAUUUCUGGCACUUUUUUUCAUCGAACGUAAUCAUAUGGAAAGAAUGAUCAGUCGUGUUAAUACUUGGAAAUGUCGGUUCGCUGCGCAAAAAUGAAUGAAAAAAGGGAUUUUACGAAAGUGAAAGGAUCAGUCGAAGUGGUCAGGUACAUCUUCACCUUUCAACUUGUUCCCGUCGCGGUUGAGAACCGCGGGGGUACUGUAACGUUACUCAUAUUAAUAUGUUUAUUUGCAACACCGUGCGUUGAAGAGAGUCAACGACGUACACGCGCUGGAUUAAAUACUUCGUUCUUUUUUUUUUCCUUUUUCAACUGUCAAUCCUUUCACUUUCGUACAAUUUCGUCUCAUUUUUGCGCAGCGAAUCGACAUUUCCAAGUAUUAAUGCGACUGAUUAUUUCUUCCUAUAUGAUUACGUUCGAUAAAAGAGCCGGAAAUGUUCUAACUAUUAUAACCGCUAUUUUAAAAACACAAUAUUGCGAGUUGUAGAUUUAGGUACAUUGCGGAAGAAUUGAUAUCACAAACAUAGACAUAAUAUCCUCUCCUCUUUUCGUUGAGUAGCCCUUUGCUCCACAAUCUUGCUUUAAGACGUGAGCAGUAAGCAAAUUGGCCAACUACGAUCAAUUAUUCUAAUAAACGAUUGCGGUUGGUUAAUUUGACUUAUGUCUUAAAAGCAAGAUUGUGGGGACGAAGGAUAGCUUUUACGCGUGAACUUUUUCGCUGAAUCUCGCGCAAAUGAUUAGUGAGUAGUGACUGUAAACGAGUCGUCGCUUUCAUACAAACAUCCCUAAUCACGAAUUAAAUCGACUAACCGUUAUUAUCGUAAUUAUUUUCUAGAUCGCAGGACCAGCACAUGUAACAAGCGAGUAAACUACAAGUUUCCUUUUGUUAUCGACAAAUUGUCACUCACUUAGGACAACAAAGAUGUGCAGAAAAAACAAUUUUCUACGGAAACGUGGUUUUUCACUUGUAGAGAACGUAUUUUGAAAUAUUUCUUACUCCACAACGCAGCUUUAGAAUCGUAUUUACACAUUUAGCUACAUCGAAAGUGUAUAUUCCUCGUCCAUGUGCGAGACGGAGGGAGGGAAAGAGAGAGAGGGGGGGAUAUACCGAUAUUCCUAGCGAUUAGUACAAUUUUUAUAGUUUUUCAAAGUAUAUAUCGAGCAAACGAACAACUGGCAGUUGGAGUACUAAGACUAGUUUAUCUUCUUAUCGUUAAAGUUACAUAGAUCAUUGUGCACAGUAUUCCUUGACUAUUUAUAUAAAUUCUAAUAAAUAAGACGUGCAAUGUGUAAAGCAUCAGCUCUAACCUUAUUCUAAAAUAUAAUCGCAACAAAUCUCGAUACAUGUUGACAGAUGCGCAGGUGUUAAACUGUGUAGAGCUGUGUAUAGCUAAGCGCCGCGUGGACGUGUUUCUAGCUAGAUUAAUAAUACCUGACCUGCGAUGGAAAAUUAACGAGAGUAAACAAGACCGAUACCUGGGUGAUAAAAGCGUUUUUAGCGUCUUUACAAACAAUGGAGCGAACGAUUCGAGAUUCAGAUUCAGAGAUAUGACAGAGAGGCGAAAUUAUACGAAUAGACCGAGAGAGUAUACACGCUCUCGUAGUACCUACGUAUUUAGAGAUAUCACGCGGAACUUUCGAUUCCGGUGACUAAUGCGACGGGGACGGUGUCUCUUCUGUUUUCUGAUAACGCAUCGGUGAGAUUUCACGAGAGGGGGUCGCCGAUCGAUCCAAGCCGCCAAGUUCGAGAUUCGCGGCGAGCCAUCGUAAAUGGAGGGAAACGCUUUAUUAGAGCGUAUAGGAAUACACAUACGAUUAAAAAGUAUUAACGAGACGAAGGCAAAGAUUACCAAAUUACAUCACACGCAUGAAAAAAAAGAAAAAAAGAGAGAAGAAUAAAUAUAUGUGUAACGAA